AAAUACUCUACCAUGGGAGCUUAAAUUUCCAGCAACCUCAAGCUUUGAACCUUUUUAUCUCUUUCCCCCACUUCACCUCCUCAUUAGUCCAACCUCCUCCCACCACCAUUGGAUCCACCGCACUUUUGAAAUCGGUCCGACAGUCCUUAAUCUCGAACUAAAAACACUUUCUUUAAGCAAACAUUUUGAAUUACCAGGAUUUUUUGACAUGGACAAGGUGAUGAGGUUGGCUUCAGAGAAUGGGUUAGUGCUAUUCAGCAAGAGCUCAUGUUGCCUGUGCUACGCGGUCAAGAUUCUAUUCCAAGAGAUUUGGGUGACCCCGACGGUCCAUGAGCUCGACGAAGACCCCGAAGGGAGGGAAAUGGAGAGGGCGCUCUUGAGUUUGGGGUGUAGCCCCUCGGUUCCGGCCGUCUUCAUCGGUGGAAAGCUGCUUGGUUCCACCCAAGAAGUCAUGUCCCUCCAUCUAGGUGGAGGACUAAUACCUUUGCUCAAGCCAUAUCACUCUAUGUUAAAUUAAGGACCUGUGAUUCUCACACUAGAAGGGGAAAAAGUGAAUAAAAUUGGCUCAAAUUAAUCAAAGUGCUCACUUUGAGGAGCGGCAAUGUGUAUUGUGUAGUUUUAAAUGUCUCUCAUGUGAUUUGUACGUAUAGCUUUCGAUUAGCUUGUAAUAUGUUUCUAUUCUUAAAUUAAUGAAGUCAACUUUAUAUAA